AUGACAGAGGUCGACGCUUUAAGCACCGAGGAUGACACGGUCGGCCGGCAUGACGAGUUGAAGCAGUUGAGAGGUGCUGUUCGAGCUAGCCAGCACCAGUCGCAAGAGGAUGUGGCGCUUCCAGCACUGGCAUUGCCAAAUGAUCCAUUACGUAACGGGGUGGAGGCAUUCAUCGCUCGCAUUGGCCGCGGACAGAGCAUCCGGCAUGCGGCAGCAUUGCCUCCAGACUUGCAGCAUUGGGCCGCAGCAACUGACGAGCGCUUCACGUGGCUGCCGCAGAUGCGGGGCCUUUUGCGAGACCACUGGGGUCACCAGGCCUUUCGUGGCCUGCAGCUGCCGGUGAUCAAUGCGCUUAUGUCCGGCGAAGAUGUUUUUGCAGUGAUGCCGACAGGUUCUGGGAAGUCCUUGUGCUACCAGCUCCCUGCCAUGGUCCGGGACGGCACGACGAUCGUUGUGUCACCUUUACUGAGCUUAAUGGAGGACCAGGUUUCGAGUUUGCAGAGCCGUGGCAUUGCUGCAGCGCGACUUGGGAGUGAUACUACCCAGGCUGCCACAAAGAAGGUUUUCCAAGAUCUUGCCGGCGGCGAGGUACAGCUCUUGUACGUGUCGCCAGAAAGAAUGGUGGCAGCAAGUGAUAAAACACAAGCUUCCGGCAAAUUGGGUUCAGCUUUGAUGCAGCUGUAUGACUCUGGGCGGAUGGCACUGCUUGUCAUAGACGAGGCACACUGUGUAUCUCAGUGGGGGCUGGAUUUUCGAAGCGACUAUCGCAAGUUGUCGUUCAUGAGGGCCAGGUUUCAUGGCGUGCCCAUGUUGGCAGUGACAGCCAGUGCAACUGCAGCAGUGGAGAAAGAUGUGCUGAAGAGCUUGCGAAUGCAAGAGGCCGUGUGUUUCCAUGACACCUUCGACAGGGCCAAUCUGUUCAUGGAGGUGCGCCCCAAGCAGUCUGAGGAACGUACAAUUCAAGAGCUGGUGGAUCUGGUGUCGGCGCCGACAUCUCCGACCCCGGCGUGUGGUGUGGUGUACGUCCUUGCUCGGCGAGAGGUCGACCGUGUGUGCCAGACCUUAUGCGAACUUGGAGUUCCUUCGUGUCCGUACCACGCUGGGCUGCCAGCUGGAGUUCGCCGCGAGUCGUUUACGAAAUGGAUGCAUGGGGAGUGCCAGCUCAUCGUUGCAACUGUGGCCUUUGGAAUGGGCAUUGACAAGCGGGACGUCAGGUUUGUAUUCCACAUCGAUAUGCCCUCAUCUAUUGAAAAGUAUCAUCAGGAGAUCGGCCGUGCGGGAAGGGACGGUCGGCCUUGCCGGUGCAUUCUCUGGUUCUCGAGAGCCGAUGUUAAGCGGAACAAGGAGAUGUCGCAAAAGCAGUACGAAGUCAAGAGAUGUGAAGAUGCCGGCAAGUUCUUCGGCGAUGAAAUCUGCAGACAUGCUGGGCUGCUGAAACACUUCGGCGAGAAGCCUUCCUUUCAGAACUGUGGAGCCUGUGAUGUUUGCUGCCGCCAGCGGCUCGGGUUGGCAGCUCACGGCCAAGCUCCGCAACGUGAUGUCUCCUCAGAGUGUCAAAAGUUGUUGCAGCUGGCGGAGAGCCUGCUGAAGAAUGGAGUCACUGCAGCCAAGCUUCGCGAUGCAGCCCGGAAACGCAAGGUCGAUGGCACGAAGGCGUUUUCAGCAGCUGUUGCGGCUUCCGAGCAUGCAGCUGCAUUGAAGGACUUCAGCCACAGCCAGGUCGAGGAGAUGAUCAGUAAGCUCUUGCAGAACAAGGUGCUGACGGAGUACAAGGAGAAGAUGUUUGGCAAAGGAAAGGGGAAGUUCAAGGUCCUCAGGCUGAAGCUGGGCCCCAACGCAGAGAAGCUGCGGCAGGGAACUCUCAAAGUGCACCUGCCUCUGCCGGGUGGCUCUGAUGCAAGCACAAUCCGAGUGGAGGAAUCGGAGCCCUUACUACCUCCAGGCGCGGUGGAAGCACAAGCAGAAGCAGAGCAUGUUGAGGACGUCCCAAUGCAGCCUCCGCAGAAACGUCGGUUGAGGAGGAUAACUCAGGAAGCGGAGGCCUCGCUGCCUUCUGCCGACGCUCCCUGCGAGGCCCUGGAGGUCCCGCCUCUGCCGGUGUCGCCGCCCAAGAGACGGAGGCUAACGUCAUCCAAAGCCAAAGCAGUGGACAAAGCAGCUGCGAGGAAGGAGACCUCUCCUCUGGCAGCUUCCCGGCGGUCCUUGCGAGCGGCGAAGGCUCGCCUCUUCUCGCGUGCAGACGACCCGAUCGAGGAGGAAGAGGAGGAAGCCGUGACACCUGGAAUGCCGUGGCCUCCAGAUGUGCCAGACAGCAGCGGCGAUGAACUCGUCUGGGUAGGUGGUGGUGAGGAGCUUCAAACAGCGCCAAGUCCAAGUCGCAAGCGUCGCGAGCAACGCCAUGAGGAACCGGCUUCGCCGUCCAAAGCCACGCAGCCUCCCCCACAGCCUGCAGCCCCUCGGCGAGCCACGACUUCACCGUCCGAAGGCCGUCGGCUUCCCUGGCCAUCGCAUGGAGCCGCGCAGCCUCCGGUGCAGCCUCCGGCGCAGCCUUUGCAGCAGAUGACGCAGCCUCCGCUGCAGCCGCUCCAUUCCCCGGUGCAAGUUUCGGCUCUGCCUGCAGACGAACAGGGAGCCGCGACUUCACCGUCCGAAGGCCGUCGGCUUCCCUGGCCAUCGCAUGGAGCCGCGCAGCCUCCGGUGCAGCCUCCGGCGCAGCCUUUGCAGCAGACGCCACAGCCUCCGCUGCAGCCGCUCCAUUCCCCGGUGCAAGUUUCGGCUCUGCUUGCAGACGAACAGGGAGCCGCGACUUCACCGUCCGAAGGCCGUCGGCUUCCCUGGCCAUCGCAUGGAGCCGCGCAGCCUCCGGUGCAGCCUCCGGCGCAGCCUUUGCAGCAGACGCCACAGCCUCCGCUGCAGCCGCUCCAUUCCCCGGUGCAAGUUUCGGCUCUGCCUGCAGACGAACAGGGAGCCAGUCGAGCAUUGCCUUCGCGGGCAGCCAGACGAAACGCACUUCGCAUAGCUGCUCCGGGUUCCAGCUGA